GUUUGAAGGAGUGAACGAAGAGCGGCGACGGGAUGUGGAGUGCACUGUUUGGGUCGGACGAGAGCACGACUCCGCAGCAAGAUGGUGACGAAAGUCACCAGGAUAAGGUGUAUGGGGCUGGAGAAGAGCCUGAUGCCAUGUCGAUGCUUCUUGGGCGUUUGACUCAUCUCCUGGAACGACUUGGGGAGGCCGAAUACUCCAAGAAGAAAUGGGAGGAGCAAGCACGCAAGUUCGAAGCUGCCAACGUGCAACUGAAGUACGAGUUGGAGUACAGCAGCGAUGCGCAGCUCCGAGAACGCAUCGACGACCUCACCGCCAUGAACGAAGCGCUGAAAGACGUCAAGAUGGCAUUGGAAAAGGACAUCGAGGCGAAAGACGCAGUACUUCGCACGCACGAAGAGGACAUCGCAAGACUAAACGAUGCACUUCAAGCAGGGUCCCUCGUAAAGGAGGAACUCGAUAACCAGUUGGAGCAGUUGAAGGUCUCGAGCGCACAAGAUUUGGAGCGGUUGAGUGGUAGCAUGGAACGACAAACUCAACACGUGGCCCAGUUAGAAUCUCAGUAUGACCAGCUAGCUCAAGAGCGCGAACAGCAGGUGCAAUCGUUCCACGCGACCGAACAGGACCUUCGCGGAACUAUCGACGCCCUUCAACUAGACCUCGCCCGCCGCGAUGAGGAAGGCAUAGUCACGCUCAAGAGGUUUCAUCAGUCGGAAGAGCGCUUCAGCGCCGAGUUAGCUGAUCAAAAGCGCAUUGAAGAGAGCUUGAGAGCAUCCGUUGCCUUGUUGGAAAGCCAAGUUGCUGCUGAAAAGUCCAACGUCAUCGCUGCCGAACACAGCGCGCAGAAGAUACGAGCCGAGUUGGUGACGAAAUCGGCGCUCGAGUCCCAAUCUCAGUGGAAGGAAGACUCGCUGCGGGCACUCACUGUCCAGGUCAAGACCGUGCAAAGGGAGCUCUCGGAUGCGUUGGAGCUGAAUCUUCGACUGUGCGAUCGCAACGAAGCCCUGGAGCGUGAGAAGCAUGAAGCUGUGUCGUCAUUGGAGCGAAACCAAGCUGCAUCGGCGGCGUUAUCGCACCAGCUCCACGUCGUCCAGACGGAGUAUCAGAGCCACAUGAACGCGGCCGACGCAGCGCUGGCGCAGGAGAGAGCCGUUGUUGACGCCAAGACUCGUGAAAUUGAAGUGCUCCAGUAUUCUAUCCAAGACUACGAGCGUUCGAUUGCAGAAGCGACUGCCAACGUGGACUGCUUGCGCGAGGAGAUUGAAACGUUGCAUGGCCGAACAGCGCAAUUGACGUCGGAGGUUCAAGCGGUCGAGCACGCGUGGACUGCCAAGUAUGACGAGUUGCUCCAAGACUGGACAGACACCAAGCAACUUGCUGCAGAACGCGAACAACAAGCGGUGGAUGCGGAAGACGCUAAAGACGCGCUCCUCGAGCAAGUGCAUGCGUUGAAUCAAGCACUGAACGAUGCCCAACGUAAUGCGGCGACUCAAGACGAGAUUGCUCAGCAGCAAGCGGAAUUAUUUCACGAACGCGAGCAAUAUCAAGCAAACGCUGCAGUGGCUCGUGCCGAGGUGGAGCACCUGCAGCAAUCGGUGGCCAAGUUGCAGGAGAGUGUGGCGGCGUGGGAGCAGCAGGCCAACGAGUCGAGCGCGCAAGUAGAGUUGCUUCAGCAAGACAACCGCCAGUUGAACGAGUUGCUCGCGGGCACGGAACAAGUGAAAGCGCAGUUGCAGUCGACGCAGGGUGCAUUGGAAGCUUCGGAAGCCAAGGCACAGUCGUACGCAUCGCAACUGGAUACGCUGGAGCAGCGUGUGGUCAAUGUGACAGCCGAGAAAAACGAGCUCGAAGCGUUGCAGGAUCAGUUGGAACAGCAGGUGGCCACAACUGAAGCCAAGCUGGCCCACGUCGAGCAAUCGAUCGAAGCCCUGCGCACGCAGCAUGAGGCGGACAUGGUGGCGCUAACACAUCGCUUGGAGUCUGAAAACAAAACCACAGUGGAGAACUUGAUGAGACAAGUGCAGAAUUCGCAAGAGUUUGCGACCGAAUGCGAGGCCACGAGCUUGGAAUGGGAAGAAAAGUGCGACUUGUUGAUGGCCGACUUGACGGCGGUGCAAGAACGCCUGGAGCAAGCGGAGCAGGCCAUCACGACCGCGGAGAAGGCGAAGACCUCGAGUGAUGAAGUUUUGGCGUCCCAGGAAGCGUCGAAGCGCGAGGUGGAAGCCGAGCUUGAGAAUGCGCGCAUCCGGGUCAGUACCCUGGAAAGCUCGCUGACCGAACACAAAGAACAUGUCGAUACAUUGACGCAACAACUCGACCAUGCCAACAGCUCGUUGGGCGAGUUGACGUCGGCGCUGCAGCAAGUGAAGGACGAGCUCGCGGCCGCGACCCAUCACGCCCAUGAGAAGCAAGCGGGGCUUGAAAAGGCGUGGAAAGACUCGCAAGACAUGUUGGAUAUCGUGCAGUCCCAGCGCAUCGAGCUGGAAUCGUCGCUCGCGUCUGCUCACGCUCGCAUUGAGCACCUGGAAACCUCUGUCCAUCAAGACUCGUCCACGGUGUCCCACCUUGCAGCAGAGAACAGUGCGCUCCAGGCAGCGGUCGCUGCCGAGAAGAAUGCGCUCGCGCAGCUGAAGGCCGCGCACGACUCCAUGUUGCAACAAGUGCAGACAACGGCGACGCAAAUUGAGGCGAGAGAUGCGCAGGUCGCGGCGUUGACGGCGCAAUUGGAAGCGCAGGCUGCCGAGUUUGAACGCGCCAAGGACGAGCUGCGUCAGGAACUGGCGCAAACCAAGACGAUGCUCGGCAACGUCCAUGCGUCGGCCGAGAUGGCGUCGCAAAACUUGGAAGAUCACAUCCGAGAACUACAAGAGCAAAUGCAUUCGCACAACAACAAGUUCGAAGGGGAAACGGAGGAACUGCUCGAGGAAAUUUCGAGCCUCAAUGGCCAGAUCUCGGAACUCCAGGUCCAGAACAACGUGCUGAGCGCCCGCGCCCACCGGUUGGCGCGAGACUUGUCGCAGUACGUCAAGCUUCCCGCCGACGACAUGGCGUUGGUGCUGAACCCGAAUACCCCCAACUUGUGGGAGUUGCUCGCAAACGGGAUGGAGCAACUCAAGUCGGACUUGGAAAUCGCCAGCACGUACGCGGCCAACUUGGACCAAAUGGACUCGUUCGGGGACGGCCACCAAGACAACUUUAACUUUGGCGGGACGAGUCAGGAGAUUGUAUUUAUUGACCAUCCGACGACUUCGCCGAGCGGCCUCGCAGCCUCUCAACACGCCGACGGCGUCGCGGCGUGGAUUCAGUGAGCAUGAUGGAGGACCAAGCCGAGUCGAACCAAAGCAAUGUAGAAAGAGCUUGGUUAAUGUACAGAUUUCACUGAAGAGUCAAGAACGCACAUGGAUGCGGACGGAGAC